CGUGGCUGUGCCAGAGGUAUUGUGUUACAAGCUUAACAGCUGCACUUUCGACAUGUCUGGUCGCGGCAAGGGUGGGAAGGGCCUAGGUAAGGGUGGCGCCAAGCGUCACCGCAAGGUGUUGCGCGACAAUAUCCAAGGAAUCACCAAGCCAGCCAUCCGCCGCCUGGCUCGCCGCGGCGGCGUCAAGCGUAUUUCUGGCCUCAUCUAUGAGGAGACUCGCGGAGUGCUGAAGGUUUUUCUGGAAAAUGUAAUCCGCGAUGCUGUCACCUACACGGAGCACGCCAAACGCAAGACGGUCACAGCCAUGGACGUGGUGUACGCGCUCAAGCGCCAGGGACGCACUCUGUAUGGCUUCGGCGGCUGAGUUUAGCUCCACAGUUUGCUAUCGCAAAA